AUGGCCGCCUCACUGGAGCAGCUGGAGGUUAAGUUUUCUUGUUCAAGGGCUCCACAGUCGUGGAAAAUACAACAUGUGCCUGUCUGUCUGUCUAUCUGUGUAUCUCUCAGCACUGGUUACUACUCUGAAGGAGACUUCAGCCCCCCCGACGGCUCCCCACCCAGGACUCCGCCCUUCCGCCUCCCUCUUGACCCCCGCGGUGAGAGGGCGUUCGGGGCCCGUCCUCCUCCGUCCCGGCCCGACGGCGCUCCUCUCAGCCUGGCCCCGCUGCCCGGCGCCCCCUACCAGGAGCAGGAGGAGGAGGAGGAGGAGGAUGUGGCGUGGAGGCCGGGCCCGCCCUUUCCUCCGUUCACGGAGAGGAGCAGAGGAGGAGGAGGAGGAGGAGCACCGAGGAGGGUGUAUGAGAGGCCUUACGAGUCCUACGCCGGCCUGAGCACAGCAGAGGAUUGUGGGAUACUGCACGGCUGUGAAAACGGCAGGUGUAUUCGCGUUGCCGAGGGUUACACCUGUGACUGUUACCAAGGAUACGAACUGGACAUGACCUCCAUGACGUGUAUAGAUAUAAACGAGUGCGACGGCGGCGCCGGCGUGGAUUUCCCGUGUGUGAACGCUCGCUGUGUGAACACUGAGGGCUCGUUCCGCUGCGUCUGCAGGAGAGGAUACGUCAUGUCCCGCAGACCCAACCACUGUGUGGCUGCGUAGACCGGACUGGACCGGACUGGACUGGACUGGGCUUGAUUAGACCAGUCUGAACUAGUCUAGACGAUCGAGACUACACAAUGGCAGACUGGGCUGGACUAGAUUAGACUAAACCGGCUUUACUUUAGAACCAGAUUUGACAAACUAGACUUGACCAGACUAAGAUGUACUGGACUUAAAUACUGUAGACUGCACUAAACUGGGAAAGGCUAAACUGGGCUAGUUUAAACACACUGGGAACAGUUUCCACCGGACAACUCUUAAUUAAUGAGCAACAACCCAUUUUAACUAAAUACUCUCUUGGUUUCUGUAUUUAUAUAUCGGGAAUGAACACGGUGGACUGGGACCAGCAUUAACUAAUAGUGUCAUAAAGUAACUGUACGCAUAAAUUAGCCCAAAACUAAAUUCAAAGUUUGCUCGUUUCUGUGUGAGGAAUUAUAAUUAUAUUAGUUAUAUUACAGUGUUGUUUAUGUAGCGUUUCUGUCUCUUUGUAACAUUCAUCAUUUGGGACGAUUCGUACCGUAAGAUAAGUCUCGGGGACUGAGGAUGUCGCAAUACCAGAAAUGUAGUAAUCGAUACCAAAACCAGGGAGAUUAUCACGGUUAGAAAUAUGAAUGUCCUGAUGAAAAAUACUUUAACUCUAUACUAUACUAUAGUUGUGUACUCAAAGUAUUUUAUUUCAGCCACCAUUUUAGUUGCAGUUGUAAACCAGUUUGUAUUUUGUUCAUUUUGCCAUUACACUGAGGUAGAAAAUAAAAGUAGUUCCUGUAACUGAACGUUCUGGGUAUUUUGGAUGGAAACGCUGCGAAAGUUUGUAUUUGACUUAAAAAGUAUAAUCUAGCAGGAUAGGCUAACUAGCUAGUUAGCCCUGCUUACUGACAUUAACGCUACGUUAGAUUACCUCUAGAUAUCACUUGUAGUGCCGUGUUUGUUCUGCAUUAUAGAAAACACAAGGCCUAGCUAGCUUUAUCUUUCUGUCAGUUGUCACCACAGUAUCGUAACCUCAGCAUGAAAUGUGCUAACCAAAUAAGUGCGCAAGUCAAAAGAAACACCAAAGAUUAACAGUAUUUACUGAAAUUUUAUUAAAAUGUGAUUUCAUUUUCAGCCGGACCCUGAAAAGUAGAGUUAGUAUAUUUAUGUACAGUCACUUUAUUACACCAUCAGUUGAUUCUGAUUAUUCAGAUAAAUACUACAAGCCGUAAGUUUUAGCCUCACAGAAAAGUCUGUUAAAACAGAUCAAAAUCACAGAGAUGUACAGAGAUCGAUAAAAGAAUCACAGUGUCUUCCCAGUCUAAACCAGUCAAGCCCUGUUUAGCCCAGUGGUUGAAACCAGGCUAACCCAGAAGUAGACGCCAGGCUAGCUCUGAUUAGCCUCGUAGUACAAACCAGGCCGGCCCUCCAAUGGGAACCAAGCUGUGCCAAUGUUCAUCUUUAUGUUUUCGACUCUAUCUGGAUGUUUAUUGUAUGAAAGUCCGGUAGGUUGGGGGGGUUGGGGGGUUUGAGACGUGUGAAGUUGUGCAGUAGAAGAAGAAACAGUCGUGUGUGUUUGUUUUUUUAAGGAAACUAAUCAGGAUUCACACAGAGCUCAAAACAACAACUUUACAUUUUAACUGAUAUAAAAUGAGUUCAGUCUACCGGAAGGAGCUCAGGUGUGUAAACUGAAGAAACUAUAAUCAUAAUAUCUACACCACAAAGUAUAUAAAACACCUGGUUCACGCUUUACACAACAACAUCUGUUCAAUAACACAAAGAUUUGAUCUGUAGACGUAAAAAUAGAGGAAAAUAUUGUCUCAAUUUAUUAUCAAUGAAUUAUAUGAAGUUAAAAAAUAGGAGUAAUGUUUAAGUAUAACCACAUUCCUCCAUUUUGUUGCUUUAAAUACAGAAAUAAUAUCCGACAAUACAGCUGUCAACUCAUUUAUGUGCUAGCAUGGUAGCUGUCCCAUUGUGCACAACAGAAUGGUUAACGUAAAUAUUUUUAACGUUGGCUACGAAGCAGCAUAGAUGUUGAAAAACUGUUUUCACCGGGCCGUAGCCACUGAAAUACUGCCUAAUAAGCCCAGAAGUGUUAGCUUGGGGGUUUAAGGAGCAUAAUUCUGCUGAAAAAUUAUUAUCUCACAGUAUUCAGGAUUUCUGAAGAGUCCAGAUAUUCCCAGUUGAUUACAUAUAUUACCUGUUCAAUAGACACAUGGACUAUUACGAAUAUUUAGGGUCGAAAUAUUAGGUUAAAAGGUCAGAUUGAGAUAUUUUACAAACAACAGCAUGGUUUACAAAAUUGGUUCGUUUGAAUCGGCCUCACGAAAAAACAUAAUUUGUCAGUAUUUGUCACACAGUCAGAAGAAAGUUUUUUCUCUGCAGUUUAUUCACCCUGACAGAUUUACAGAUCAGAUAAUAUAAGUUUUAUAAUCAACACUGUCUGCAUGAAUAAUUAAUUAACACCGUGAUUGAUCUUCAUUAAACCAAAUUCAGCUAACAACAACAAAUGUUUGUGAUAAGUUUGCUGAUAUUCUAUAUUUUUCUUAAAGUCAAAAAAUCUCAUGUUCAGACUCAAACCAACAGUAAAUAUAUAUACUAACAAAUAUUGACCCUUCCCAAGCCACGCCCCUUUUUGCUUCAGCUGCCUCCUUUCCUGUACUUAGAUGCAAAACAUUAGCUAACUAGCAUCGUUAUGUAGCUUUCAACCGCCAAGCUUUUCUGCCAGAAGUGAAAGUGUUGAUUUUGUCCCAAACCCUGAUAUUUUCCUAAAACCUAACCAAGUAGUUUUAUUACCUAAACCCAACCAAAGUGCCACUGAAAGCUAAUCUACAUUAGUCUUUAGCUAGCUUGUUAAAUCUGAUGACAUUAGCUAUUUUAAGAUGAGACUAUGUAAAUGUUUAUUUUAUCUUCUAACCACCUUAAAAACGUGGUUGUCUUUUCAACAUUGAUUAGCCUAGCACGUAGCAUAUCUUAAUGAUAUAUCUUCUUUCUUUGUACCGUAGAGCUCCAUUGUCGUCCUUCAUUAGCAUGAACUCACACUGUAGUUUAUUUAUACACCGUCCUGCUGCCCCGAACACUCACUAAAACUCCAAAUGUGGAUUUAUCCGCCGUUGAAAAUAGUCCCCAACAAAUGCACUAUUUGUUCCCGUUUGUUUGAUUAAAAACCAAAAGUCUACAAACUAACAAGCUGAUGGUUUGAAUCUGCACAUGAGAUUUGUUGAUUGGGUUAAUUAUCAGAUGACUUUUAUAAAUGUGUUGAUGAAUUACUGACUUUUAUAUUUGAUUUUCAGAACAUAAAUUCAAGCUGAAUGUACUGGACGCUGCAUUCAGUCACAUUGUGUAUAUAAUAAUUCACAUUCUUCCACAAUAAUCCAACUGAAUGAAGCUGUUACAGCCUGUAAGAGAGUGCGUUUAUUGUCUUUUUUUAUUAACUUUCUGAUGUAGUUAACAUGCUGAAUCCAUUGUGAUGAACUUUUCCUUCUCAGCACCUAAAGUUUGAUGUAUAACAUGCACUGUAUCCGCCAGAGAUAUCCGCCUUUUGUGUUCACACGAGAGAUUUUUGUAAAUCGUUUAAAUUUCAGUCUCUGGUCUUUUUUUUUAAUUGUUCAUUUUUAUGGUUAAUGAUUCACUUUUUUUAUUAUUGUUGUUUGUAUGACAAGAAAUGAAAAUAUAUUUGCACACACUUCUACUGAAA